AAUGCCAGACCUAGUAAAUAAGUUGGUAAUCUUAGAGUUUCCGUCGGCUUCUUUAUACUUUUUAUAAAGUUAUUGGGCUAAUUAAAAGUUCGAAGUAGUAUUUUCUAGCUCUAAUUAUUGGGCAAACUCAGGGAACUCAAUGGGGAAAUCAUUGGAAUAGCUAUCGAGGAGUAUCUCUAAUAAAGUUUAGUCUUUUAGCUGGUUAAAGUCAGUCACUCCCCAAUUUGGCUUACGCUAUCUAUUUUAGUUCGAAAAAGCGCUCAUAAUUUAAAAUUUAAAAAUAAUAAUUUAAAUUAUCUGUAUAUUUAUCUAUUAAUAAAUAGCUUGA